AUGGACUUGCUUGAACAUCUCGGCGCCGGCGUCACGAACCGCCUGUUGCCUCGCCAUCAACUUACGAUCGCGAUGCACCAAAUCUCGAUCGCAGCAUUGCAAAAGGCCGUGCGGAAUAACCUCCAGCGCAUCAGCCAUGUGCAUACCCACAGCCAAGGCUCGUCAGCCUCCUUCCAUAGUCCUACAGUUUCGCUUCUCAGCGGCCUGGCCGCAGCGUCUCCGGCACCCCUCGCAGUGCAGCGAGACACUGCCUCGGGCAGGAUCGAUGCGUGCAACAAGAACACUUGUAGCCAGGAGGCUGGAGAAUGCCCAGCAUACGGCGGCAAGGCUGUCGGAUACCCCGAAUGCGUCGUCUACCCAAGCGACCAGCUGGGCACCGACAGAGGAUACCCUCGAACACCCUCGGGCCAAGUGCAGGCUUGGUUUGACUUUCCGCAGCCAGAUGCUGGGUGCCGGUACAUUUUGCGUAGCCCGGCUGGUGUGACUACGUAUGAGAACUGCGGAAUCCCCAAACUCACAGUUACGUCUGCUGUGUGCCAGCUUGCUACUCUCGAGUCGACAUUCAUGCUGCAGUUUUGCUGCGGACAGGGCGACUGCAACGCCGCCACUGGCAUCGGCAAGCGGCAAGACGGAAGCUCUGUGACGCCGUUUGUCUUGAACGACAAAGAUGGCAAGCCAAUCGCUGGAAUCAUGGGCAAGUCGGGCGACGAAAUGAGCAUCAUGUCGCUGAACGUGACGACACCCCAGCAAGCGCGUAGCGUGGCCGCCAUGCCCGAGGUACGCAGUCUGCACGAAGUACACUCGCUAGCCAAGCGCGACUGCAACUUUGUCAAGACCGAAGGGCCCUACACGAAGCUCGCUGACAAGAGCGAGUAUGUCGCGGGGCCCUUUAGCUGUCCUCAGGGCGGCACCUGCGAGCAGACGGUGGAGAAGUCGUAUUCGAUCAGCCGCAGCAUCAGUGCCAGCGUCAGUGUCAGCGACCCCUUUGGCAUCAUCUCGGCCUCGCUGUCCGUCGACUUUGAAAAGAGCUACAGCUACUCCAUUAGCAAGAGCUUCUCGUUUCCAGAAAGCUCCACGGGAUACGUGUCCAGCACACCUGUGCUCGAGUGCUACCGCGGCUACUUUGACGGCUGCGACUCGGAUAACGGAAAUGUCUUUGAGGCUUGCCAGCGCAAUCCCGGCAACCCCAAGGCUGUCGACACGGCUGUCAUUACGAGGAGCAAGAAGAGGAGCGCCGAGGUAGAGGAGAUUGUGUUGUAG